UUUUUCCCCAGACACGUGGCGCUGGCGGUGGCCGUGCUAUGCGCGCUGGCUCGCACCAGCCUGCAAGAGGCCGCGGCCGACCCCAAACCAGAAGCUGACGCCUCACCCAAAGCCGAGGCGUCAGCGGACGCCUUCCAGUUCUCUGGAGGCCCUCCCCACUUCGGGUUCCAUGACGUGCCUCAUGGAGGGUUUGGUGGCAGCCUUCACGACCCACGUUCUCUGGCAGCGUCGCACCACGUGAGCGGCAGCGAGCACAGCCACUGCGCGUUGCUCAUUCCAGGACACGGCAAAAGUUCGCACUUUGAUCACGCAUUCGGCGGCUUCAACGCCAUUCACGGUGGUGACGACGUGACGUGCAUAACGUUCGCGUCGGUCGACGCGGCGUUCGCGAAGGCGCGCGACCUGCUGGGGCUCCCGCGCCCUGAGAAAACCGACAACGCGGAGCAGCGCGCCGAGCUCGGGGCCGUGCUGCUGGAGACUACGCGUAUCAUCGCCAGCGAGUAUCACCUGCCCAAGGACGUGAUAGUGAACGGUCUCCCCCUGAUCGACACUCACAAAACCAUCAUCGGGACGGUCUGCUCCGACUUCACGCGGCCCGCUCCCUGCAAAGUUGAGAGAUACCGCACGGUGAGCGGACGCUGCAACAACCUGGACAACCCUCACUGGGGCAGCUCCCUCAGCACCUUCAAGAGGUUCCUGCUGCCUGAGUAUGAAGAUGGACUGGACAAGCCAAAGGUGACGUCAAAGCACGGCCAGCCGCUGCCGUCACCACGCAUGGUGUCCGCGCACGUCCACCGCGACGAAGGCCUCCACGACCACGCCAUCACCAUCAUGGCUGUCGCCUGGGGACAGGCCAUCGACCACGACAUGACGCUCACCGCCGAGACUAAACGAUCAUCUCUGCCGGUGUUCCGGGAGUUCGGCCUUAAGGACAUGAUGCCUCUGAAGCUCACCGAGCCCUCCGCUGGCUGCAUCCGUCCUAACGACGAGGUCUUCUGUUUCGACGCUGGCGACAACCGUGUCAACGAACAGCUCGUCCUUGCUGUGGUUCACACUUUGUUCAUGCGCGAACACAACAGAAUUGUCACGGAGUUGGCCAAAGUUAACCCACACUGGGAUGAUGAGAAACUCUACCAGGAGGGUCGCCACAUCGUGGCUGCCAUCAUCCAGCACAUCACAUACAACGAGUUCCUGCCCAUGAUUCUCGGCAAGGACAUGAUGACGAAGCACGGCCUCAUCCUGCAGAAACAUGGAUACUUCGAUGGCUAUGACCCGAAAGUGGACGCUUCGGUCUCGGCUCAGUUCAUUACGGCUACGUUCCGCUUCGGCCACUCACUGCUGCCAUCCACCAUCGAGCGCUGGAGUCCAAACCACAAGUACAUCGCUUCACAGCGUCUGAGCGAGAUGUUACGGCAGCCGUACGACCUGUACAAGGGUGGCUGGUGCGAUCAGUACAUCAUGGGACUGUGCAACCAGGUCGCUCAGGCCAUGGACGACGCUGUUACACAGGAGGUGACGAACCAUCUGUUCCAAGAAACGAACAAGAAGUUCGGCAUGGACUUGGCGUCGAUCAACAUGCAGCGUGCGCGGGAGCACGGCGUGCCGUACUACAACGACUUCAGGGAGUUCUGCGGCCUACCGCGCAUACACUCUUGGAGCGACCUCGGCGGGUGGAUGGCCAAUAAGACCGUGCACCGAUACAGCGAUGUAUACGGCCACCCGGACGACAUAGACCUGUGGAGCGGUGGUGUGAGUGAGCGCCCCCUGCCAGGGUCCAUGGUGGGCCCCACGUUCAGUUGUCUCAUGGGCCUCACGUUCAAGGACCUCAGAUUUGGGGACAGGUUCUGGUACGAGAACGCCGGCUACCCGUCGUCCUUCUCCCCUCACCAACUUGAAGAAAUCAGAAAAAUAAAACUUUCGAGGAUUAUUUGCGACAACAGCGACGACAUCAAGAAAAUCCAAGUGUACACAAUGGUGCUGCCGGACCAUGACAUGUGA